CUCCUCGCCAUCAGGGGGCUCCACCGCCGCUCCCUCAGCGUGACGUCACCGGUGAGGGGUCAGAGGCUGUCAGCCACAUGCAUGAUGUUGUUGAUGCUGGAGAUUUAAACUCUUCUUCUAACUGUGUUUUAUCGUGUCCUGAGGCGAGAUGAGGAACCUGAAGCUGCUGAAGAGCCUCCGGAGCUCGGAGCUGCAGAGCCCCGGCUCUCCGCUGGGUUUGUCUGUUCGCUCCGACACCGGGUCGCUGCUGGUGGCGUCUCAAUACUCCAUCACAGAGUACGACCCGCGCAACGGCCAGGUGGUCACUGAGGCCUCUCUGACAGCCGAGGGUUUCCUCCCGGAGGACGGCAGCGGGGUCGUGGUCGGGCUGCAGGAUCUGGCCGAGCUGGAGUCGGCGUGUGUGGCCACAGCGGGGGGGGACGUCGUCCUCUUCAACUUCAACACCUGCCAGCUGGAGUGUGUGGGCAGUGUGGACAGCGGUCUGACCUCCAUGACGUGGAGUCCUGAUGAAGAGCUGGUGGUCCUCACUACCGGUCAGGAGACGAUCAUCAUGAUGACCAAGGACUUCACGCCGAUCACUGAGGUGGGGAUCCAUCAGGACGACUUCGGGGAAGGGAAGUUCAUCACCGUGGGCUGGGGGAAGAAGGAGACUCAGUUCCACGGCUCGGAGGGGAAAGAGGCGGCGAAGAGGAAGGUCCAGGAGGUGCAGCCCGCCGCAGCCUGGGACGACCGGCGGCCGCGGGUCACGUGGCGUGGCGAUGGUCAGCUGUUUGCCGUCAGCGCCGUCUGCAUGCAGAGCGGAGCCAGGAAGGUGCGCGUCUGGAACCGAGAGGGGGUCCUGCAGGCCACCAGCGAGACGGUCAACGGCCUGGAGGCUCCCCUCUGCUGGAAACCCUCAGGCAGUCUGAUCGCCGGCUCUCAGCGCCACCCCAACAAACACAGCGUGGUUUUCAUGGAGAAGAACGGCCUGCUGCACGGAGACUUCACCCUGCCGCUCAGCAGAGACCAGGCCAAGGUGAAGGACCUGCUGUGGAACAGUGACUCCUCGGUGUUGGCCGUCUGGUUGGAGGACAUGACGGUCGGAGAGGACCAACAGAUCAACACCUGCAUCCAGCUGUGGACGGUGGGGAACUACCACUGGUAUCUGAAGCAGAGCCUGGACUUCGGCAGGGACCCCCUGAGGGCCCCGGUGUGUGUUUGCUGGGACCCCGAGCGGCCCCUCAGGCUCCACAUGUUGUCCCACAGCUGGACCAGCAUCUCCUACGACUGGAGCUGGACCACCGACAAGAGCCAGGGUUCUGACGGCGGGGAUAACGCCAACGUGGCCGUGAUCGACGGAGAUAAAAUCCUGGUGACGAACUUCCGGCAGUGUGUGGUCCCGCCCCCCAUGUGUUCCUUUGAGCUGCAGCUGCCCUCACCCGUCAAUCAGGUGACCUUCCUGUGCCGACCGCAGAGGACCAAUCAGCUGGCAGCGCUGACUUCUGACGGACAGAUCUCGCUCUACGUCCAGGAUCCAGGAGACGAUUCGGACAAAACAGUUGACGGGUUCCGCAGGAUGUCCCGCCCCCUCGUCCUGCAGAAAACCUUCAGAGUGUGUGUGCUGCAGCAGCCCCCCCUCUCCCUGCAGCAGCUGCUGUGGCUGCAGGACGAUCUGUUCGUGUGUUUGACCUCCAGCCUGCAGCCAACCUGCUCCACAGUCCUGAUGCUGCACCCUGACCCUGCUGCUGAGGACACACUCUCUGUCAGGAGUCGGGUGGAGGUGGACGGCGUCGUGGUCAGUCUGGUCCACGGCUCACAGAGCGGCACGGUGGCUCUGCAGCUGGAGGACGGACAGAUCCGGAAGCUGCUCUGCAAUGCUCCUGAGCCUGCAGUGGAGGAGUGGCGGGACUCCAGCGGAUGCAUCAUCAACUUCCCGGUGCCCUGCGUCCAGACGGCGCUCUGCAGCAUCAGUGGGGAGGAACACCUGCUCGGCCUGACGGACAGAUCCCACCUGUACGCCGGAGACACCGAGCUGGCCUCCAACAUUUCCUCGUUCGCUGUGUGCAACGACUUCCUGCUCAUCACCACGCACUCACACACCUGCCGCUGCCUCCAACUGAGCACACUCACCGUCAAAGGUCUGCAGGCGGCCCUGGCGUCGGACGGAGGUCAGAACGACCAGAACGACGAGACGCUGCGCCGGGUGGAGAGAGGGUCCAGGAUCGUCACCGUGGUGCCGCAGGACACCAGAGUCAUCCUGCAGAUGCCUCGGGGGAACCUGGAGACGGUGCAUCAUCGAGCGCUGCUGCUGGCUCAGCUCAGGACGUGGCUGGACGGUUUAAGGUUCAAAGAUGCGUUUGAGUGCAUGAAGAAGCUGCGGAUCAACAUGAACCUGAUUUACGAUCACAACCCAAAGGUCUUCCUGGAGAACAUCCAGACCUUCAUCACGCAGCUGAACUCCGUCAGCCACAUCAACCUCUUCCUCACCGAGCUCAAGGAGGAGGAUACGACCGGCAGCAUGUACCCCCGCCCUGACAGCAGCCCCGCCCCCCCGCAGCCCAUCUCCCUGCAGAAGAAGGUGGAUGUAGUUUGUGAUGCGUUACGCAGCGCCAUGGAGUCCAUGGAUCCCAACAGGUUCUUCCUGUCCAUCCUGACGGCUCACGUGAAGAAGAGCGUCCCGGAGCUGGAGCUGGCUCUGCAGAAAGUCCACGAGCUGAGAGUGAACCCUCCUCCUGCUGCUGCUGGUUCUGUGAGCGCUGAGGAGGCGCUGAAGUACCUCCUCUUCCUCGUCAACGUCAACGACCUCUACGAACACUCGCUGGGGACCUACGACUUCGACCUGGUGCUCAUGGUGGCCGAGAAAUCCCAGAAGGACCCCAAAGAGUAUCUCCCCUUCCUGAACAUGUUGAAGAGUCUGGAGCCGCACUACCAGCGCUACACCAUCGACAAACACCUGAAGCGCUACAGGAAGGCCCUGCAGCACCUGAGCCAGGCCGGCAGAGAACAUUUCCCAGAAGCCCUGCAGCUGGUGAAGGAGCAGAAGCUGUACAGCGAGGCUCUGAGGCUCUACAGCGCAGACGGCCCUCACUACAAGGCUCUCAGCUGUGCCUACGCCGAUCACCUGAUGCAGAACCAGCAGGCGGAGCAGGCCGGCCUGUUGCUGUGGCGCUGCGGAGAGCCGGCCGGCGCCCUGCAGGCAUUCGCCGGCGCCUCCAGCUGGAGGAACGCCAUCUGUGCUGCGCAGCAGAUCCCGCUGCCGCCCGACCAGAUCGCCCUGCUGGCCCGGGACCUCGCAGAGAAGCUGAUUGAACAGAGGAGACACUCAGAAGCUGCUCUGCUGCUGGACCAGUACGCUAAAGACUGUGAGGAGGCCAUCCUGGCUCUGAUCACUGGGUCUGUCUGGGAGGAGGCGCUGCGACUGAUCUACAUGCACAACAGGCGGGACAUCACGGAGACCAACCUGAAGCCCGCCCUGCUGGAGGCGUUCAGCACUCAGACUGGGUUCCUGGAGGUUCAGGUUGCCACGUUCACCCGACACAAGACCAGGCUCGCUGUGGUCCGAGAGCAGAAAGAGAAAGCCCGACUGGACAUGUUGGAUGAGGAGGGUCCUGACUGUCCGGACGCUGAGCUUUACUCUGAGGCCAGCAGCGUGAUGACGGGCUCUAAAUACUCCCACAGUAACUCCCGGAUCUCCUCGAGAUCCUCAAAGAACCGGCGGAAAGCGGAGAGGAAGAAGCUGAGUCUGAAGGAGGGCAGCCCGAUGGAGGACCGAGCGCUGAUGUACGCUCUGGGAGAAAUUGUCACCACCGUGGACAAGAUGAGAGAGGAGGUGCACGGCCUGCUGAAGGCUCUGGUUCUGUUCCAGUUUGAGCGGCAGGCGGAGAAGCUGCAGCUGCUCUACGAGGAGGCUCUGCAGAGCAUGGAGGCGGUGCUGCCCGAGGUCUGGACCGAGGUGCAGAGCAACCAAGCUCCGCUCACCGGACCGAACUCGACCGCUAACAGCAUCAUGGCGUCCUUCCAGCAGCAGCAGAACCCUGCAGCUCCACAACCAGCAGCUGCCGAGGUCCUGGCUCCCCCGAAGAUGAGGAACGGGGUGAAGUGGAAGCUCGCUGUCCUCUCUUAAACUUGUUCUUGUUUUUUAAACUGUAAAGUAAAACGGUAGUUGUGUAAUAAAGGUCUGUGAACGUCUCCUCUUAACCAAUGGGGUUUUCCUCUGGAGUUCAGAGCAGGGUCCUCCAGCUUUUUACAGA